AAUGCAAAGAAAAAAAUAAUUUCAUUUUUAAUACUUGAUAGAGCUAUCAAAUCUUGGAAAAGGAGUCACUGCAUCCACUAUUGAAGCUGACGAAUAUCCAAAACCCAACGACAACAAUGCAAUAUGGAUAGUUAUCGUGAAAUUGUUGAGAAAAUAAUAACACCAGAGUUAUAUUUCUUAAUAUCCAAAUUUUUGUCCGCUGGUCCACUUAAGGAAACGGCACAGGUUCUUGUACGGGAGCUGGAGAGCAAAAAGGUGCUGCCUAAACGAACGGAUUGGUUGGGUAACGAACAUGAUCAAUCAUUGGCCGAAUUGGAAAACCAAUAUGCCCACAUCGGUUCAAAUCAUCUAUUGGAAAUAUGUUGUCGUAUUGGGCCUAUUCUGGAUAAAGAGUUGGCGCCUAGUGUUUCUGGUCUUCUAUCUCUUCUUGGAGCUGGACGCCAGAGCCUUUUAAGAACUAAGGAUAGCAUAUACAAAUCCAGAUCUUUGCUCGACUACUGUACACGCCUACAUGGCGUAUCACUGCCAGAUUCAGCCACUACGAAGCCUAUACACAAUUUUCAAAAAGUUAUAAUUGGUCGGGAGUACGGAGGUCCAGUACGGCGAAAACUUUUAGUACCUACGUCUUUGUUUUCGAAAACAAAGCUCCUGCGUCGUACUGUUGGUCAUCUUUCAUCCGUUUACUGUGUUCUUUUCGACCGUACAGGCCAUUACAUUAUCACUGGCGCUGAUGAUCUCUUGAUAAAAAUAUGGUCAGCUAUGGACGGGCGCCUUUUGGCGACACUGCGUGGGGCUUCGGCUGAAAUUACCGACAUUGCCAUAAAUCUUGAUAACACAAUGUUGGCAGCUGGUUCUUUAGACAGAAUUUUGCGUGUCUGGGAUCUACAAACCACAUCUCCAAUUGCCGUUCUGUCAGCUCAUACAGGCAUGAUAACAUCGGUUAAUUUUUGUCCUUCGCCAAGAGGCGAUUUGAAAUAUUUAGUCACCACAAGCACAGAUGGUUCAAUUGCAUUUUGGCAAUAUUCCACACCGAGAGGCCAGAAGAUAACGUUUGCGCCUAAGCCAAUACAAUAUCACGAGAAGCUGAGGCCAGGCCAGGCACAAAUGAUGUGUACAUCUUUCUCCCCUGGAGGAAUGUUUUUAGCGGCUGGCUCAGCCGAUCAUCAUGUUCGAGUUUACCUUAUGUCCGAAGACGGGCCAAAACGUAUCCUUGAAACUGAGGCCUAUACAGAUGCCGUUGACUCAGUGCAGUGGUCCCAUCGAGGUCUUCGUUUUAUAUCGGGAAGUAAAGAUGGCUCUGCACACAUUUGGACAUUUGAGUCACAACAGUGGAAGAAUGUCAAACUAUGCAUGACGGAACGUUUGUUGACCUGUCCUGAACCGGAAGAAGGCAAAAAACUAAAGGUCACUAUGGUUGCUUGGGAUUGUUCCGAUAAGUUUGUCAUUACCGCCGUGAAUGAUUUUACCAUAAAAAUAUGGAAUGCGAAAACUGCCAAACUGCACUGCGUUUUACGCGGCCAUAAGGAUGAGCUUUUUGUUUUAGAAUCAAAUCCUAAAAAUGAGCAUGUCCUCCUGUCAGCCGGUCACGAUGGUCAGGUCUUUUUGUGGGACAUCGAGAAGGGGGAAUCUGUGGCUCAUUUUGUAAAUAAUAUAGAUGGGCAAGGUCAUGGUGGCGUAUUCGAUGCUAAAUGGUCACCAGAUGGAACGAUGAUUGCGGCAACAGAUUCCCAUGGACACAUAUUAAUAUUCGGCUUAGGAGUUGGUCCAGAUAGAUACAAAAUCCUGCCGAAUGAACUCUUCUUCCACACGGACUACCGGCCAUUGUUGAGAGAUGCUGCACACCACGUGAUCGACGAGCAAACACAAGUCAUGCCACAUUUAAUGCCUCCCCCAUUUUUAGUGGACUCCGAUGGAAAUCCGCAUCCCGCUAGAUUUCAACGAUAUGUACCUGGACGGGAAAAUGUUUCGACCGAUCAACUAAUACCGAAUCUCACAAUAGAUGGUUCUGUUGAGGAAAAUGGGGCAAGUAAUCAAAAUGGACAAGGAGCCGGGAAUUAUUCACAUAUUGAUCGCUUGAUAGCCGCAUUGGCAAAUCGACAGGGUGGCGGCGCCAGCAAUGCUAACCAACAAAGUCCGUCCGUUUCUGCGUCUAAUCGGUCACAGUUAGAUCGGAUGAUCGAAGCGUUGGCCAAUCGGCAGGGUCACGAUUUAGCACCGGACUCAAAUAAUCGUUCUUCUGGCAGUCGCAGCGAAUCAAAUGGGAAUAUCCUGGGAAAUGGACCGAGUACUUCACGCACUGUAUCUCAAGAUAGAAGGCUUUCAGACCAAUCGCAACAACCACGGCAGGGAACUACCUGGGGUAGGCCCCCCGCUGAGCAACAGCAGUCUCCACAACCUGCGCCAUUUAAAUAUGUUCGUCGCAUCUAUGUGCGACCAAUGAAAUAUGCCCAACUUCAAACACUGAAACAAAGCGUUUAUGCAGCGGGACAAUAUGAAAUGCAGGAAUACAAGCGUGAAAUGCGUCGUCGACCGAUCAUGAUUAGUACAGCCAGUGUUGUUGCAUCAUCACAGUCUGGAAACGGACGCAAUAGAAAUACGCGUUCAAAUGGAAAUGAUCGCAGUGGAAGAAGACGUAGUGCCCGUCCGGCAGGUCAGCAAUCAAAUCAACCGGCCUACAGAACUCGUGCUGUACGAGACCAAGAAGAAAUUGAAGAACCAUCAGUGCCUGAAGCUUUAGAAGAGGACGAAGAAAGCAGUAAUUCGUCGGGUGACACCAGCUAUUCGAAUAUUGAAGAUAAUUUGGACGAAUCUUCGGACGACUCGGAUACGGAAUCAUCUGACUACUCAGAUUGGGUUGCUGAUACACCAGGACCAAAUUUGGAGCCACCAAAACGCUCAAAACGAAAACCACUUUCUCGCAAACGCACUAUCAGUGAGGACAGCAGUGACGAUACAACAGAACAAGCAACAACGUCAGCUAAAGCUGGUCGAAAGAAUAAAAAGGUUUUAAUUCCACCACCCGCCCCUAAUGGCGAAAUUCCCGAAAUAUAUCGUCCAGCAGAAUGGUUGUCAGAGGUGAUACCGCGUAAAGCUCCGUACUAUCCUCAAAUGGGUGACGAGGUUGUUUACUUCCGACAAGGCCACCAUCGUUACAUAGAAGCGGUUCGUUUGAAAAAAGUAUAUAAGGUGUCCCACAGUUCGGAGCCAUGGAGUUUCCAUACUCUUCGUGAUAGAGAACUAGUCCGAGUUAUCGGCAUCAAAUAUGAAAUACGGCCGCCAAGACUAUGCUGUUUAAAAUUUGCCAUCAUAGACGAAGACGGCAACAUGAAUGGCACCACUUUCAAGAUCAAAUAUCAUGAUAUGCCCGAUGUAUUGGACUUUAUAGUUCUUCGCCAGACUUAUGAUUUAGCAGUUCAACGCAAUUGGAGCAUUGGCGAUCGUUUUCGUUGCAUGAUUGGAGAUGGCUGGUGGAUGGGACAAAUUGAGUCGCGGCAUGCUUUGUCAUCGGAAUUUCCUGAUUCGCCAUUCAUGUGUUUUAGAGUACGUUGGGAUAAUGGAGAAUACGAAUACAUGAGCCCUUGGGACAUGGAGCCCAUAGACGAGAACCGACUACCCGAUGAGGUAGGAGGAGCGGUGCCUGUGUUGCCAGAAGAAAUAAGAGCAACCCUAUACCAACCAAAGUCUGAGGAAUGGCAUCGCGGUGAUCGAGAUGGGUCAUGUCGCCGCAUUAUCAAUGGUCUGGAACAGAUCAUGCGACUCUCAAUUGCCGAACACUUCCUGGCUCCGGUAGAUUUAAACAUAUAUCCGGACUACGCUUAUCUAAUUGAGUAUCCAAUUGACCUAACUACAAUAAAAUCAAGGUUCGAGAAUCACUUUUAUCGUCGCAUUACUUCAGCUCAGUUUGACGUACGCUACUUGGCUACGAAUGCCGAAAAGUACAACAGACGACACACAAAUAUUGUAAAACAUGCGAGAAUUAUAACAGAUCUGUGUUUGCGUAUAAUAAGGGAACCAAAUGAUCUUGAUGUGGCUGCUAUAUACCAUCAACUGGUGGACGUCUAUCACUCUUCCGAAUCGGAAAAUGAUAACGAAUCUGAUGUUGUACCUUCAACCAGUACAGGGCCCAGCACAUCGGCGGCUGCUGCAAAAGCCAGGCAGAGUUUAUCAUCGACCAGAAGAUCGAAACGCAUACGUUCAGAGGGAGAUUGGCGCGUAGAUUGCCGCCAACUGUUAGAGCUUAUGUUACAGCGACCCGAUUCGCUGCCAUUUAGAGAACCGGUAGACACAAUUGAAUUUCCCGAUUACUUGGAGAUUGUUUCCACACCCAUGGACUUGCGGACCGUUAAGGAAGACUUGUUGGGCGGCAAUUAUGAGGAUCCAUUGGAUUUUGCAAAGGACGUGCGUUUGAUAUUUCAAAACUCCAAGAAUUAUAACACCAACAAACGCUCAAGGAUUUACUCUAUGACCUUGCGUCUAAGCGCCCUCUUUGAGUCGCACAUUAAGACGGUGCUCAGCAAUUGGAAGUCCGCCAGAAGGCGAGCAAAUAAAAACAAGACACGCAGCAAUAAUAGCGGGCGUGGCUCUAGUAGUAGUCCAAACAAAAGAAUGCCAUCGGAAAGGACGCGUUCUUCGGGGCGAAGGGGAAAUUCUAGUAGAAAUACCAGGCGGUUACGGAGCUCUGAGGAAUCCUCCAAUCAUGACGAGGAUGAUGACAAUGAGUCGCCCCCUGUAGGUCAAAGAAGAGGAAGAGCGGUGAACAAUCGAGGUGUCGCUGCGGCAAUUGCAAGUUCGAAUCGUGUUACCUCAUCCUCAUCGCACAGACGUCUCAAUGAUACUGAAGAUUCGCAACCGGGAACAUCACGUGCAUCCAGACGAAAAAAUGCAAAUAAAAACCAUCGAGUGGCCCCCGAAGACGAGGUCGAAGAAGAUGCUUCGUCGCCUGCCUCAUCCACAGAUUCGGACGACAAUGAAGAGGAUUCGUCCAGCUCAUCAUCUUCUUCAGAAAACAGCGUUAGCGAAAACUCUGAAGAAAGUUACAGCCCCAAAAAAGACAGAAAACAGAAAAGUCGUAAGCGACAUCACGAAUCCGGUCGACAAAACAAACAGGAACCUCGGAGCAAACGAAGCCGCCGUCGUCCCAUAAACGAGGAUACUGAUGAAGAUUUUGACUUAGAAAGGCACAAAAAGUUUAAAAACUCCGGCAAGAGGGGCCAACGGCGACAAAAUGGAAAUCGAAGGGCUGCUGGAGCUGAAAGCGUAUCACAUGCCGAUGAAAGUACACAGGAUACAAUUACUCACACGCCUAAGAAGAAAGGGCGACCACCGAAACCGAAUCGCAACAUCGAAGACGCACCUAGUAAUCCGAAUAAUACAAGCCCCUCAAGGAGCACCAGAACGCAUGCAGUAACGCAGGCUGGUCGUCGAGCUGCCGAAAAUGAUCACAGCUACCAUUUGCCAGUUCGCAAUGGCCGUAUUGUAGAGUCGGACACUGAUUCUCGAGAGGUUGCCGGUCGUCCCACAAGAUCCAGUGUUAAACGAGCUAUCAUGGAGUGGGCCAGGGGCAGUGACAUCGAUGGAGAGGGUACGGAGGAAGCUGAAGAGAUACUGCCAACGCCGACACCCACAAAGUCUAACGGCACAGUUCUCAAUAAUCGAGAUGGGAACGGGCCCUCGACAAGCCGCGCGGCUGCAGCAGCUGCUGCAGCAGGUGUGGUAAGACAGUUACGAACAAACCGUAACACUGUUGUGGAACCUCCCAAUGAUGGCUCAAACGACGAUGACGAUGAUGAUGACAGUGAUGACGAACCACUGGCAUCGAGUCAAGGUUCGCAGCAUAGGCAGCAAAGAAAAGUAAUCACCCCUCAUCCAACACAUCUGCAGAGACGUGAAGGACCACACAGUAUAACAAUUGCCAGCACGUCGUCAUCCUUACACAUGACACGCUCCCACGCCACAUCUACGACAUCGAAUAUAUCUAUCUCUUCCACCGUGGCGCCACCAACAGUUCAUGACCACAAUUAUGUGGGCGAUCCUGGGCCAUCCACGUCAAGUGCUGCACUACGCAAUUCGAGAAGAGUUUUAUCCCGACAUCAACGAAAUGCUGAUGAACUGGAUAUAAAUUUGGAAACUCUGGGCAAUUCAAUGUUGAUUUCAGCAACAACACGACUCAGACGUGGUAUGCCUACAUCAACUACCACAUCUGGCGCAACGGCCGCUUCUGCUUCCGGCUAUCAGACUACAGGCGUAGCCGUAAGAAGGGGGCGUUCUCGCUUUAGUCAAGAAAACUCCCAGACCGAACCAUCGGCUGACGAACACAUACCGGAUGAUGAAGAAGUCGUCUCGGAUAUGGGCACAGGAGGCUCCACCGAGUCAUCAGCAAGCGAAGAAGCAUCUGAUUCGGAGGACAAUCAGCCACUAACUUCCUACGUACCUAAAUCGCGCAACGGUAGAAAACCUCCAAGAAAACGCCGACGUUCAGAUGAUUCCUUUGUCGUUGACGAAGACGAUGGCGACGACGAAAAAUACAAUGGCAGAAAUCGCCACACCACUCGCAAGCCCAAAGAAUCCGACGAUGCCAAAGACACCAGGUCUCGGGGGAGUCGACGCAAUCAAAGAGGAUCGCGCAACCAGAAACGUCCACGUUACGUAUAUAGCGAUGACGAAGAGUACGGCAAUGCCAACAGCAGAGGAAGAAAAUCCCGCAAUGAGUCAUCCACAGUUGGUAGCUCGGCACCACAUGACGAUUUGGAUGCCAGUACUAUGGAUAGCGAUGAUGAUCAACUCGUAAGUGUUAGUAGCCGAGGCCGUGUUCGCAAAAUUACUGCCAAAGCGAGAGGAAUUUUUAAGGAGUAAUUACUUUACACUCAGCUCCUAUGACUGUUCAAAAAAAAAAGCGUGUGUUAUAUACUAAAAGAAGGUAUAUAUGACCAACGCGAUUUAAGUUUAUCUGUUACCUUGUUCAACUUAUUGUUUUCCCUUCUUCUUUCUGAUUUUUGGCCACCUUAAUGAAGGUUCAUUCUCUACUUGUUAGAUUAGUUCGUAUGUAAAAUAUAAAAGCAACAUUUUCAUUGCCGGCUGCGCAUAUUCUUUA